CCCAUUCCAUUUUAUAUACCAUUUAUUUUUAUAUUAGUCGUUUAUAUUCGUCAUUCAACCAAUCUUAUUGACUCUCUCAUUUAGUUUUAAUAAACAACAUUAUGCGGUCUCUUUUUACCAGUGCCACCUAUGAAGAACCAAUGAUUCUGGAUAGUUCCUUUACCCGGAAGUACUGUGGUAUCAUGUCUCUACGUGCAGGUUGUGCUCUCUCUUGUAUUACAUGGGUCGCUGUUGGGUUCUAUGGAGGUAUAUUAGCCUUUCAAUUCAAAAGUCCGAUCUUUUCAUACAUAGAUUCAGGUGCAUUGAUAGCUCAAGGGGUGAUUUGUCUCUUAUUAGUGUUAGCAGGAGCAGCAGGACUGGCGGGACUGUAUGCAGAAUCGAUGUAUAUUCUGAAUAGGGCACACAAAGCAGCAUGGUUUGCCGUAUUUGCAUUUUUGAUUGAUUUCUUUGUCAGUAUUGUCUUGUUUGGGAUUCAACAAAAUGACAAUGCUAAUUGGUGUUAUGAACAAUCCGUUAAUCAUGUGGAUGAACAAGUCACUACUUCCAAUAAUACGACUCUUGGUUUUACACCUCCUACUAUCGAUGAUUUUUAUAACUGCAACAAAUUAUGGCAAGAUGAAUUGAAAUUCGCCAUUGCCCUUUAUAUUAUCUUUUUGAUCUUCUUUUUAUAUUGGGCAUGGUGUUUAUGGGCUUAUACUCAAAAACUUCGCGUGUUGAAGGAUGCAGAUUAUCAUACAAGUGAAGAAUUUCAAAUGAGACAAAAUUUCCCUCCUCCUCCUAUCAAUCUUCCUUUUCCUCCUGGGGCUGGCCUAUACAAUCUUCCUCCCGGUAAACCCAAUCAUCAACAUCAUCAAGAUCAACAACAAAGUUUGGCUGAAUGGACAAGACAAUUUAUUGAUCGCUUCAAGUCUUGAUGGUUCUAUAGAUAGUUAGAUGUUUACUAAAAAAAAAAUGUUGUACAUAUAUAUCACAUAUACCUUUUUUUUUUCUUUUUAGGUGCUCUCUCUCCAUGAUUCUUUUAUAUUAACGUACAAUAAAAUGUUUAUACUUGAAUUUCUAUUUUUAUAUAUAAAAAAAA